AUGGCGUCUGGUCGUACGCGUGAGGCGACCAAGAGGAAAAACAACGACAAAAUAGAGUUAGAGACCUCAGUUGAAAUCAAGGAAGAAUACACAGAGAGUAUAUAUUUCAAGACGGACUGUAACAAUACUUUACACACCCAUUUGUCGAAGAAAACAAAACUAGGGCUAAAGCAAAUGGGCAAAAUUGAUGGAUCUUCGACCAGACUUGACAGGUCGUUUUACGACCAACCUGCCGAAGACUUGGCUAAAAAACUAUUGGGGAAGCUACUUUAUCGUGUUCUUGACAACGGAGAAGUGUCGUUUGGACGGAUAGUUGAGACGGAAGCCUAUUUAGGUGAGGUUGACAAAGCAUGCCAUUCUUACGGUGGAAGACGAAUAGGUCGCUGUGAACCUUUGUAUAUGGAACCCGGUACGGCUUAUGUGUACGUUAUUUACGGAAUGUAUCACUGCCUCAAUGUCUCUAGUCAAGAACCCGGUGCCUGUGUGUUAAUAAGAGCUUUGGAGCCUCUCCAGGGUAAGUGUAUAUGGCGAUCUACAGGGGGAUGA